UGAGAUAUUUGUGGAUAAAGCAACGGCAAACGGACUCUGAGAUUUCUCACAAGCACCACUAUGAACCUGACGAUGAAUCUCAAUCUCAAUCUCAAUUCUUCAAACAUUCAGCUCCAAACCGCCAUUAAUGCCACCAAAUUCACCACUCCCUUCGCCAAUUCUUCCCUCCGCAGAAAUAAUGGAGGAGGAACACUCGCGAUAACCGUCGUCUUCAGCGGCAGGACGGUUGUGUCGUCGAAGCUUAAAGGCUCCGAAAACAGGAGUGGCGUAAAGGUUAAGGAGAAGAAGAGCUUGCCAUCGGCGACGAGGACGAAGAUUUCGGCGCCUGAACCGGGCCGAGCGCCGGCGGUUUCCGGCGAGGAAAGUGGAGGAGGUCGGUUGGAGCCGAAUCCUCCUCCUCCGCCGCCGGCUCAGAGAAAUCAACCCAGUUUUCGGAAGCUCAGGGCGAUUCCUAAGAGGCUGUUGGCUGUUCUAUCGAAUUUGCCGCUGGCGAUUGCUGAGAUGUUUGCUCUUGCUGCUCUUAUGGCUUUAGGAACUGUUAUCGAUCAAGGGGAGGCACCAGAGUUCUAUUUUCAGAAGUUCCCCGAAGACAAUCCUGUAAUGGGGUUCGUCACAUGGAAGUGGAUUCUUACCUUUGGAUUUGACCAUAUGUUCUCAUCUCCAAUAUUCUUGGGGACAUUAUCCCUCCUUGGAUUAUCACUUAUUGCUUGUACAUACACGACACAAAUCCCCAUGUUGAAGGUAGCAAGAAGGUGGUCCUUCUUACGUUCUGCUGAAGCAGUUCGCAAGCAGGAAUAUUCGGAUACCUUGCCUAGAGCAUCCAUUCAGGAUCUUGGUGUCAUUUUAAUGGGCUCUGGAUAUGAAGUAUUCUUAAAAGGAUCGUCGCUGUAUGCAUUCAAGGGCCUGGCGGGUAGGUUUGCUCCGAUCGGAGUACAUAUAGCAUUGCUUCUGGUAAUGGCGGGUGGAACUCUUAGCGCUUCCGGAAGCUAUAGAGGUUCUGUAACAGUUCCACAGGGUUUAAACUUCGUUAUAGGGGAUGCAUUGGAACCGAGCGGAUUCCUAUCCGUUCCAGCGGAGUCCUUCAACACUGAAGUUCACGUCAACCGAUUCUAUAUGGACUAUUAUGAAAGCGGAGAGGUUUCUCAAUUUCAUAGCGAUCUUUCGCUUUUUGACCUCAACGGAAAAGAGUUGCUAAGAAAAACAAUAAAAGUGAAUGACCCUUUAAGGUUUGGCGGGAUCACUAUAUACCAGACGGAUUGGGGAUUGUCGGCAUUGCAAAUAAUGAAGGAUGAUCAAGGACCGUUUAAUUUGGCCAUGGCGCCUCUGCAAAUCAAUGGCGACAAGAAGCUUUAUGGAGCUUUCUUGCCCAUCGAAGAUCCCAAUUCUUCGAACCUUAAAGGAAUAUCAAUGCUAGCUCGGGAUAUGCAGUCGGUGGUCCUUUACGAUCAAGAAGGGAAAUUCGCAGGAGUCAGGAGGCCGAAUUCGAAACUCCCCAUCGACAUCGGCGGCGUAAGAAUCACGGUGUUGGAUGCCAUUGGAAGCACUGGUCUUGAAAUCAAGACCGAUCCAGGAGUGCCAAUUGUUUACGCCGGUUUCGGCGCUCUGAUGCUCACCACAUGUAUCAGUUUCUUAUCUCAUAACCAGAUUUGGGCUUUUCAAGACGGGACGGCAUUGGUCGUGGGAGGGAAAACUAAUCGAGCAAAGGGCGAGUUUCCUGAUGAAAUGAACGUCUUGCUCGAUCAAGUUCCUGAACUGGUUGAUUCCUCGAAACCAGACAGCCUUAGUGGCUAGUCUUGUGUUCUCAUCUAGGUAAGUUAGACGAAUCUCUCUUACAUCGAACACUGAAUUGAAGAGGAUCGGGAGGAACCGUGUCUCGCUGCGAUCGUAUUUCCCCGCCAAAAAAGACGGAGGUGUCGAAAAUCCCAGGUACGAACCGUAAUUAGGCGACAUGUUUGCGACUCGUAAACAUGUUUUUAUCUUUAUCUUUCUUUUUUUUUUUUUGUUCGACUAUUAACUUGGGGUAAAUAUGUGUAUAUAUAUACACAGCUACAUGAUAUAGUUAUUCAUGAAAAUUAUAGAUGAAAAAUGAUAUUAGGGGGAAAAGGGUUGAGUUAUAUAUAUGUUGAAUUUAUUAGAUUUUUUUUUUGUGAAAUGGUAUAAGAAGUAAUGUUAGA